UACGGACGAUUUCGACACAGGAAAAUAGCCGACAUAUCAUGGCCUCUCUCAAGUUUGCUCAAGUUUCUCUCUGUUCGUGAUAACUAAUUACAAGGUUUGUCGCAUUUGCACAAUUUCGACGAUUUCCACGAUUAAUUCGACAAUGAAUGUUGUGUACAAUCGUGUUACAUCUCGCAUAGGACCGCUUAUACUUACGAGAGAUGUAUCGGUAUGUUGUUGUAAGCGAAAAGACAAUUUUCAAGAUAACAAUUUAAUUCAUCCGGAAGGUCAGGAGCCCGAUAUUCCACGUUAUGUGGAACGAGAAGGAGAAAAUGCCAAUCUCAAACGAGCACGAUUGACAUAUCAAUCUCGUAAACGUGGCAUGUUGGAGAAUGGUCUACUUCUUAGUACCUUUGCAAACAAAUAUUUGAAUACGUUUGAUGACAAACAAUUAAGAUUAUAUGAUCAACUUAUAAAUUUACCAUCCAACGAUUGGGAUAUAUUCUAUUGGGCAACUGGUGUCAAACCAACUCCAUCUGAAUUUGAUAAUGAAGUGAUGGACUUGCUGAAAAAUCAUAUUCAGAAUGAAGACCGACAAGCUAGGACAAUGCAACCAGAUUUAUAAAUAAUAUAUUAUAAUAAUAUAUUAUAAAUAAUAUAUUAUGUAGCAAAUGUUAAAAGAACCUAACCUAAUGUAUAUCUAGUAGAUAUAAUAAUCUAGACUUUGAAUAUAAACUUGUAUUAAUUUUAAGUACAAAUCAUGAUAAGCAAUAAAGAAUUAUUG